AAGUGUGGGAUUGUGUAACCUAAGUAAAAUCUCCAGUUUGAAGGGAAACAAACUUGCGAUUGUGUAAAACUUCAUAGGACCAGGGGGUGCCCGCCACGGCUAACCGGAGUCAGACGCGAAUAUAAGCGAGAGACCCGCCGUUGUUUGUCGUUGUUGUCGUUUUCCUCUGAAACUGGCUUGUCUAAGGCAAGAGAAAGAGAAGAGAAAGAGGAAAUUGGGUUGAGUUGAGAGAAGAAGAUGAUGGAGGUCUCGGUGGGUGGCAGCAGUGUCUCUGAGCUGAGUCCGGACGAGGAGCGGAUCAUGAUCAAAGACAUUGCUCUUGCUGCCCAGGCUAACAGCAAAGAAGGAGACACCUUCUUCUUAAUCACUCAGAGAUGGUGGCAAUAUUGGAUUGAAUAUGUGAACCAAGACCAGUCAAACACUUCAUAUGAUGGAUCUUCCUUAUCUGAACAUGAUCUAGCCAACUCAAGUGCUUUAAAGAGGCCAGCUGGUAUUGAUAAUUCUGAUUUGAUUGAUGAUACUGUGUCAGAAGACUCUGGUAUGGGUAUUGAGAUUCAUGAUACUCUUCUAGAAGGCCGUGACUAUGUAUUACUUCCCCAAGAAGUAUGGGAUCAAUUAUUUAGAUGGUAUGGUGGUGGACCUACAUUGGCAAGGAAAGUUAUCAGUUCAGGUUUUUCCCAGACAGAAUUGGCAGUAGAGGUGUAUCCUUUGCGGCUUCAAUUGCUUAUGUUGCCAAAAAAUGACCGUUUUGCUAUAAGAAUAAGCAAGAAGGAAACCAUUGGACAGCUUCACAGAAAAGCUUGUGAAAUAUUUGAUCUUCCGCCAGACCAAGUGUGUAUAUGGGAUUACUAUUCCCGUCGGAAGCAUGCUUUGAUGAAUGACAUGGACAAAACUCUCGAUGAUGCUAAUUUACAAAUGGACCAAGAUAUUCUUGUUGAGGUCAUCAACAAUUCAAACAACACAAGUUUUGCUCAAGAAAACGGUUCUGCAUUGAGGGAGGCAAACUUUGCUCUUGUGGAACCUCCAAAGUCGAGCUUAUCAAUUGCCGGUGGCUUAUCUGCUAGCAAAGGUGCAUCUAGAGGCUACAAUGCAGACCUUUCUUCAUCUCUAAACAUAAAUUCUCCACUCAGAGACAUCGAAAACCCUUAUGGAACCAGUGGUGUCACCACAAGAGGUUCAUUUGGUGGUCUAACCGGGUUGCUGAAUCUUGGCAAUACCUGUUACAUGAAUAGUGCAAUACAAUGCCUUGUUCAUACACCAGAAUUUGCUAGAUACUUCAGGGAAGACUAUCAUCGAGAGAUAAAUUGGCAAAAUCCAUUGGGCAUGGUUGGUGAACUAGCCCUAGCAUUUGGUGAGUUGCUUCGAAAGCUAUGGGCACCUGGACGAACCCCAAUUGCUCCUCGGCCCUUUAAAACAAAGCUUGUUCGCUUUGCUCCUCAGUUCAGUGGGCACAAUCAACAUGAUUCUCAGGAGCUUUUGGCAUUUCUUCUUGAUGGUCUUCAUGAAGACUUGAAUCGAGUAAAACACAAACCAUAUAUAAAGUCUCGAGAUGCUGAUGGCAGACCUGAUGAAGAAGUGGCUGAUGAAUAUUGGGCAAAUCAUAUUUCUCGUAAUGAUUCCAUAAUUGUUGAUGUAUGCCAGGGACAAUACAAGUCAACUUUGGUUUGUCCAAUUUGCAAUAAAGUGUCUGUCACAUUUGAUCCUUUUAUGUACCUUUCCCUGCCACUCCAAUCCUCCACUGCCAGUAGAACCAUGACAGUGACAGUCUUUGCUUGUGAUGGGGCUGCCCUUCCAUCUCCUUGUACAGUAACUGUCCCUAAGCAGGGACGAAUCAAGGAUCUCAUCCAGGCACUUAGUAAUGCCUGCUCAUUGAAGCACAACGAGAGGCUAUUGCUUGUGGAGGUACGAAACCAUUUGAUCCAUAGAUAUUUGGAAGAUCCUGUUCAUUUGUCUACUAUUAAAGAUGAUGAGCGUCUUGCUGCUUACAAGAUUCCAAAGACAGACAAGAACACAAAGUAUCUCCAGUUGAUACAUCGCCGAAGAGAGCAGAGCAGUGACUCACAUGUCAUAUCUGGAUGGAAACCGUAUGGAACACCUAUUGUUUCAUUGAUUUCAUGUGAUGAUACAGUCACAAGAGGUGAUAUACAAGUAAUGGUUAAUCGUAUUCUUUCCCCUCUGCUAAGGAGAGGUGGUAAUGUAGAACAAGCUACUAAUUCUGAAGUGAGCAUCCCAAAAACAGAACCUGAUGAAUGCAGUAAUACUCAUGAUGCUGCAUGUGCUGGCAACGUGGUGUCAAACUCAUUAAAUAAGGAUUUUACCAAUUCAAAGGCACCAUCAAUGCCAACACUACCUCUUCUCUUGGUUGGUGAUAACAAUGCAUGCAUUGAUCUUUCAAUGGGCGAGGAGAAGGUGGUUAAACUGCCUCAAUCAUCUCCAAAAGUUUUAGUGUAUAUUGAUUGGUCUCAGAAGCUUCUGGAGAAGUAUGAUACUCAUCCAAUUGAGAGUUUGCCUGAAGUUUUAAAAUAUGGGCCUGUAACCAAGAAAGCUCGUACUGAACCUCUCUCCUUGUACACCUGCUUGGAAGCUUUUCUGCGGGAAGAACCUCUGGUGCCUGAAGAUAUGUGGUACUGUCCCAAAUGCAAAGAGAGACGACAAGCUAGCAAGAAGCUUGAUUUGUGGAGGCUCCCAGAGGUUUUGGUCAUUCAUUUGAAGAGGUUUUCAUACAGCAGGUCAAUGAAGCAUAAACUGGAGACUUUUGUCAACUUUCCCAUUCAUGAUUUUGAUUUAACUAAUUACAUAGCCAACAAAAACAACUCUCGCCGGCAACUGUACGAACUGUAUGCCCUCACAAAUCAUUAUGGUAGCAUGGGUAGCGGGCAUUACACUGCACAUAUCAAGCUUUUAGAUGAGAACAGGUGGUACAAUUUUGAUGACAGCCACAUAACACUGAUAAGUGAAGAUGAGGUUAACACUGCUGCUGCCUAUGUUCUAUUUUACCGGAGGGUGAAGACUGAGGAAGCAGCCAUUAGCAAUGGAGCCUAGUCUUUCAUGAAGUUUAAUGUAUAAUAUGAAGUAGAUCUCAUGCUUUACUAUUUCAGAAAAAUUCCGGUAAAAGGUAGGUGAACAAUUUCAAAUGUAUGGCUUAAAUUAGGGAUUUUGAUUUACUGUAUGAAAGGCAUCAACCUGUUGAUACAAGAGUGUAUGUAAUCAAUAAUUUCUAUUUUAUAACACAUUAUAAGAGAAAAAUGGUCUUAACAAAA